CGGCGCGGCGCUUUGGCUGCCUUAGCGUACCACAGAGAUAGUUUAGAGGGACGCAGGAGUCGGCAGACGAUCGUGCGAAGCGACAGCAGUCGAUUCCUUGCACCUGUGCCAGCGCGCCACGCCGCCCAGGUCGGCUUUUGACCCGAGUCAUGGCUCCCGGCGCUCCUAUGCCGUCGUGCCUCCCGCCGCAGCUAAUAAUCGCUUGGUUACCGACGCGCGACGUCGCCGCCGCUCUGCGCGUGUCGAAGGAUUGGUGCAGUACGGCGGAGCCGAUCUUCCAAGCGAUCGCGGGCCGCCAUGGGCUGCGACGCGUGGAUCCUUCGUGGAGGGAAACGGUGCGGCGCUAUAGAACCCGAUUGGGUCGUAUGGAGACGCAAAAUCCACUUGCAAUUCGUCUACACCAGGCGGCACAGCGCGACGACGCCCCGGCUAUCCAAAGACUUGUUUCCGGAGAUUGGGAUGCAGACCGUCAGAUGUUUCCCGAACCUGUAGAUGUAGACUAUGCGGGCGGUUUUGGUCAGACGGCCCUCCACAUCGCGGCGAUGUGGGGGAAUUUGAAUGCUGUAAACGCCUUGAUUGCCGCGGGGGCGGACCUGAAUCCACAGAAUUGGAUUGAACGAAAUUAUUUGGGUUACAUUGGGGGGACUCCGCUCCACGUCGCUGCGAAUUCAACUAAGGCGCCCCUAGCCAAGCGAUGCCGUUGUGCCGAGCGGCUGAUCGAAGCCGGCGCCAACGCGCGGCUUUUGAACGGAGAGGAGGAUGCGCCGUACCAGAGCCCUCUUCCAGAACACGAGUCGGACUUGAUAAAUAUGCGGGGCCUCGCCGAGAGCCGCGUGAGGUUCCGCAAGCUCCUGACGUUCGCCUUCCGAGCCCAGCGAUGCUGCGAUGAAGACAACGUGACAGAGAAGUCACCCGGCAAUUUGGCGUCGGCACCGAAGGUCAGCUCUCCGCUCGGCGACGUGGGGACGAGCGACGUUUUCGAUAUAUGAUGUGUAAG